GAUCUUUAUCCGCAUUCUCAAUCUUAUCGUCGCUUGAACCAACCUCUCACAUCAUCAUCGUCGUACGCUUCAGUCGCUGCUGGCGCGGGCUCCCACUCGGCCACCGUCCGCUUCGGUGCCCUCUCACACCUUCUCCACCCUGAAGACGACNCCCCGACACGUACCAACAUGGCCUCGGCCAAAUCUCAAGACUCGUGGUCCACCAGGCCUUAUCUCUCGUCCAAAGUCCCUGACCAGGACUCCCCGCCAUCGCCCCCACUAUUCAUCCGCCCUUCAUACCUUCGCAAUUCGCGACACCUCGAGAGGCUCGAGAAACACCAUAACCUGGAACUUGCCGACUUCGAAGAACUGCGACGACAUCCUCAGACUGCCUCGUCUUCUCAGGAUCUGUCUGCGAACAUUGGCAGUGCCACCAUUCACAGAUCGAGGAAGGAUAUCAUUCAAGAUUAUAUUGCUCGCAACCCCCUUAGGAGCAGCGGCCCAAAGAAACUGCCUACAUCAUGGAGCGACAUAGACAAGUGGCCUGGACUCGAGCUCCUCAAUCGCUUACCAGGAUGGGAACCCGAGUCAUGGGCCUACCAUGGCGAUGAUGGCUUCAGCUUCUCCUGCACUGCUAGUGGCAAGCCAUAUGGUCCCAAGUUUGCCGCUUGGGACGUUGUGGGCUGUGGAGUCAACUUCGAGACAGGGAGCGCCUUCUUCACCAAGAACGGCGAAGCUUUCCAUAACGUGAGGGGUGACAAAUUAUACCCAUCUGUGGGUAUGAAANAGAACAACGAACAUCUUCGAGUAAACUUCGGUAGUGCUCCUUUCGUGUUUGAUAUUGAUUCCCUGAUUGAGGUGCGUAUUCUGCGACACCCUUUCGACCCUUUCGCUGACCAGAACCAGAACCAAAGAAAUAGAGUGAAAGCAGACAUCAACAAGACAUCGGCGGACACAUUGGAGACUGCCCGCGAUGAGACAAUGUUGGUACAAGAGCUUGUAGCGCAAUACCUUGCUCAUGACGGCUAUGUCGAAACUGCUCGAGCCUUCAACAGAGAAGUUCGAGACGAAAGAAAGCCUUUGAAUAUGGACUCUGAUGGCGUGGAGUUGUUCGAUCCUUCUCAAGAUCUUCAUGCUAUCCAGCGACAGAGAGAAAUUGACAAGGCUCUGAAAUGCAUAAGCACCUACUACCCACACGUUUUGGAGCGGGAAGAGAACAGAGAUGUCUACUUCAAGCUUCGCUGUCGGAAGUUUAUCGAGAUGAUCUGUCGAGUAAACGACCUCUCGACCGAGGAUUCAUCGCCGAUCGCACCCAAAGCAGCUGGCAAGCUACCUCAAAAACUGUCCGAGUCAAACGGCAUAACAUUUGAUCAACAGAUGGAGCUCGAUGACCAAUUACACCGAGAAUCACGAGCACCAAUCAUUCCACCAAUGCCCGUUCCCUCGCCCUUCAAUCCCGGCCUACGCUUUGGUGAUGGUGCCAAUGGCGACAGUGCGAAUGGCGAUGGCGCGAAUGGUGAUGAUGGAAGAGACGACACAAUGGAUACAGCACCCGACAACUUCCAGUUGAUGUCCUCAUCUACAGAUAGCGAGCAACUACUUGUGGACGCACUUGAGUUCGGUCAAGAGUUGAAGGCUGAGUUCAACGAUGAUCCCCGUCCUGCUGUCAGAAAAGCAUUAGAUGACACCUUUGCUCUGAUCGCCUACCAGGAUGCUCGAGAGUCUGUUGUGGGUGGGCUGAUGGAAGGCAAGGGUCGAGUAGAGAUCGCCGAAGCGGUCAACAGCNUGUCGCUCGGCAAGCCAUCGUCCGCCGCGCUAGAAAAGGUCGUGGCGCAAGCUGAAGUCCUGGUAGACAUGCUGAGUUCGGAGGGCGGAGCUGGUGCAUUUGUCAAUGUAAGAAGGGAUUGUCUACAA